AUGACCAACACCACCACCACCACCAACAACACCAGACUCAACUUCCGCGCCCCCUCAACAACCGCAGCCACCAUCGCAAACGACGACAACUACACCAACUUCGACCUUCCUCCAUCCUCAUUCCUCCACGGAAAGUGGUACGUCACCCAUUCGACCCUACCCAUGUGGAAAUCGAACCGAGACGUGACCAUCACCUACACCCCCCUCGAGAAUAAUGUCGACGUGUUGGAUGACCUGGUAGAGUACCGACCUAAAAACAACCCACGAAAGCGAAAGACUGUACAAGGAUACGACACGCCUUCUGCAGACGUUUCGGCAGCUUACGGGUGGCGAGGGAAAGGUUGGCUCAAGAUCGCAUCCAGCAAGUGGCAAGUACUGGGGUACGGCGAAGAAGAUCAGGCUUGGUGCGUCACGUACUUCGAAAAGACACUCUUCACACCGGCGGGGAUAGAUGUGUAUUCGAGACGUAAAGAGGGAUUGUCCGAGGACAUGCUGAGGCGGAUCAGGAAAGAAAUAGAAAACAUCAAGGACGGCAAUGUCCAAACAUUGGCAGGGUUACUUUUUGAGAUUGAGCAUACAUGACAAACCCAGAAGAGACGGG